AUGUCAUGCAAUAAAGAAGAUAUUCUCGGAUAUGAUAAUGAAGAAGAUUACACAAACGCUCUCGACGAUUCCGAUAUCGAUGAAAUUGCAGAUGAAAUAGAAUUAAUAACAUGUAAUACCGAAAGUGAAGAGUACAGUUAUAGUGAUGAUGACAAUGAAGCAACAUUUCAAACGAAUCGAAUACUAGAGUCAUCGACGACUACGAAAUCAAAUUUUGGUGAUCAUGGAAGACAGAUUAUAGAAUAUAGAGCAGAAGAAAGUGAAGAAUACAGUGAUGACGACAAUAUAUAUCCGUCACAGAUAAUAACAAUAGAACCAGAGAAUGAGAGAAAAAUAUCUGAAGAGAAAUGGACAUUUGUUGAACCAGGAGCUGAUUGCCGACCUACACGUAUACCUGAUUUCAACGAACCGUCAGGGCCAACGUUUUCUGUUGCAGGAUGUGCAAUACCAUCGGAUUUUUAUAAAAAAAUGUUACCUGAUUCUCUAUUCAAUCACAUAGUAGAAUGUACAAAUCUUCGUGCUAAACGACACUUCUCCAAUGGAAUCAUAAAGAAUGAUAAAUCUUGGUGUGAAGUGAGAUAA